CCGACUAUCCCCCGACGAGUCCCGCGGAUCGCCGGCUUCCGACGACCCGAUUCUCGCGGGGGCCCCCUUGUCGAUCUGGUAUCUCCGGCGAAAUCAGUUCGAUCGGGUUCGCCGGCUUCGGCUUUCUCUGGAUUGCGGCUCGGCGAUGAGGGGAUACGAGCGAGAUGAAUACGAGGAUUACGAUGACUACGAGGAGGAUGGAGGAGAACAGGACGAGGAAUAUGAGGAGGAGGAGGAGGAGGAAGACCCGAAACCCUCCAAGGAGCAGAUGGACUACCUCGAGUUUAGGCAGACGUUGAAAGAGAGGAUUAGGAAGCGGAAGAUGAAGAAGGAAGGCGCUUCUGCUUCCCAGGACAGAAGGAAGCUUCCGAAUGACAAUUAUGGGUCCUUCUUUGGCCCUUCUAAGCCAGUCAUUGCGCAGAGAGUGAUUCAAGAAAGCAAGUCGCUUUUGGAGAAUCAACAUUUGGCUACCCGAGUUCUACAGUCACAGUACAAGAAUCAGAAGAGUUCUUCCUCAACAUCUACGGGAUCAAGGCCUGUAGUUCGUGACAAGAUACCUAAAGUAAUCCCUGCGGUUAAACAGAAGGUUCAAAAGCUGAAGGAUACAAGAGACUAUUCAUUUUUAUUAUCUGAUGAUGCUGAACUUCCUGCUCCUGCAAAGCAACCCCCUUCACGAAAUACCUCUGCUUCUACCUCUGAGGCACGGCCAGCUAAAAUGCCAUUGCCAAGCAAACAGGCAUCUGGUAGCAAUGGUAGAAUCCCUCAAAACGUUCGAGAUGAUAGGAGACCAUCUUCUGUAAAUGGUCAGAGAACAUCUUCUAUGAACGGUCAGAGAACAUCUUCUAUGAACGGUCAGAGACCACCUUCUAUAAACGGUCAGAGACCACCUUCUAUAAAUGGUCAGACAAACGGUAGAGCGGGCCCAACUAAGCUCUCAUCUACUACCAAAUCUAAUUCGAUGUUGGCAGCUGACAAAAGGCAGCUUCAUAAUAACAAUCAAAAUGGUCCUGGACGGCCUGCAAUGUCAAAUGGGUUGCAACAAAAGAAACCUGUUGCCAUCACAGGGAAGACUUCACAAGUUGCUAAGAUGUCCGCUCCUGUGAUGUCCAAACCGCCAGCUGCGAAAAUGCCGUCGCCUGCUUUGAAGCACAAUGUGCAACAGAGAAAGGAUGUAGGGAAUCCCGAUAAGUACAAAAUUGCACCUAGACAGCCAGCUGCUUCUACGAGGCCUCAGAUGAACAAGCCUCCAAAUCAAAUUUCAUCUGCUGUUAAAUCCCAAGAUCAGAAGCCCAAGAAGAAGCCUAUAAGACCAUUCUCCGACGAUGAAGAUGAUGGUGAAAUGGCUAUUAAUAUGAUCAGGAAGAUGUUCAGGUAUAAUCCUCAAAAAUAUGCUGGUCGGGAUGAUGACGACAGUGACAUGGAGGCAAAUUUCGAUGAAAUUAUGAAGGAGGAGAAGAGAAGUGCUAAAAUUGCAAGGAAGGAAGACGAGGAGCAACAACGCCUAAUUGAGGAGGAGGAGCGAAGAGAACAGAUGAGGAAAAUGGCGAAGAAGCGUAAGCUGAACCACUGACAUUAGCCCCGGUAUUUCGCCCGUCGUAGUUUGUACAUUAUUCUUUGUCGGAUAUGAUUAUGUUGUCAAAGAUAACAUUAAUAAAGAUCAUGAUUUUUUCCCUAGGAA